GUGCAUCAAACAGUGUCCACAGCAAACCUUCAGUGACUCCAGUGGGUGGCGCUGUCAGCCUUGCCAAAGCUCAUGCCAGACAUGCUAUGGACCCCGAUCAACAGACUGUGAGCUAUGUAUUGGUGGGAACCCUUCUCUGCACGGGCAGUGCCCUCUGGUUAACUGCCCAUUGGGACAGUACUUUGACGGGGAAAAUAGUGAAUGUCACACGUGUGAUGCAUCCUGUAAGAUCUGCUUUGGUCCUCAAGCACAGGAUUGUUCUUCUUGUUUCAAAGGGUAUUUCUUGGACCAGGACAGUUUUUGUGUUACGCAGUGUCCAUCUGGCUCCUAUGCAAACUCAGCAUCUCAGCUGUGUCAGGACUGCUCGCCAAACUGUGAGGCCUGUAUAGGCACCAGUGAUAACUGCGUCAGCUGCGCCAAAGGCAGCUAUAGACUUUUUCUCCACCAGGGUCGCUGCUGGUCUAAUUGCCCAGAAGGUUUCUUUGGGACAGCUGAGGGUUCAUGUGAAGCCUGUGACAGCUCCUGUCUGACAUGUGAUGGGAUCAAGUCACAGUGUCUGUCCUGUGCUGAUGGCUACUACUUAGGCAGCGGUAUGUGUAGACUUAACUGCUCACUGCGGACGUACCCUGCGGAUGAUGGAACAUGCAGACGCUGUCCACCGCACUGUGACGUUUGCUCAGAUGACAGAACCUGUUUCAAAUGCAGUUUCCUCUACUUGAUGCUGAAUGGUGUGUGUAAAGCUAGUUGUCCCAUGGGCUACUAUGAGGAUAUGGAGGAGGGCCGGUGCGGUCAGUGCCAUCCUACCUGUGCCAGCUGUUCAGGGCCCUUGGCAGAUGACUGUGAGACCUGCUCAACAUUUAGCCCAAAACUCUACAAGGGUGCUUGCUCCAAGGUCUGCCUCACUGGUACUUACUAUGAAACUGAAGCUUUGGAAUGUCAAGAAUGCCACCAGACUUGUAUGAGCUGCUCCGGCCCAGAUGCAAACCAGUGCACGCAGUGCGAGAAGGGACUUGUGUUGGAUCCAAACACACUGUUGUGUGGCGUGACAGGCGACACAGACUGCCCACCAGGGACCUACCUGCAUGAUAACCAGUUCACCUGCAUGGGUUGCCACCAACACUGCUACUCUUGUGCAGGGCCAGACAACUAUGAAUGCCAGACAUGUCUCGUCCCCAAAUACCUACACAACAGGACCUGUGUGAGCGAGUGUCCGGCUGGUUCAUACAACACAAGGCAGGAAGCUGAUGGACAGGAGCUUGGAUUCUGUUUGCCUUGUGAACAUGUUUGUUCCACCUGCACUGGGGCAUCAGCCAGAGAUUGUGUAACUUGUUCUCCGGGACACCUGCGGCUCCUUCAUCUCUGUGUCACUCAUUGUCCCACAGGGUAUUACAAAGACGGAUCCCACUGUGAGAAAUGCGACCAGUCCUGUGAGCUGUGUACAGGACCAGGGCCCAAUUCCUGCAGAGCAUGUCCACCUCCUCUCCUGGAGCUGCAAGGCACCAAGCUCUGUGUUGAGAGCUGCCCUCACCACUUCUAUCAGCUCCAUGACAUGUGCAAACAGUGCCACAUGAGCUGUCAGACCUGCAUGGAUGCCUCACCUCAGAGCUGCCUGACGUGUGACUGGGGCAGCACUCUUAAGGAUAAAGUCUGCUAUCCACGUUGUGAGGAGGGACGAUACUUUUCAGAUGAGGAAACCUGUGAGCCAUGUGACAGCUCAUGUUGGCAUUGUACUGGCCCCGGAACAGACCAGUGUCUGACUUGUCACCGUGAUUCUGCUCUUCACGCUGUGGAGAGCCGCUGUGCCCGCUGCUGUCAGGCUGGAGGGAAUGACACUGAUUGCUGUGUUUGUGACAGUCGCUCAGCUCUGUGUGUGGAGGCCCCCCAACCCAAGUCAGGAGAUGACCAGAGAGCAGGUGUGAAUAUGUCCUCCAGACCUCUGAAUCACACCUCAGUCGCCUUACCUAUUUCCCUGUUGCUGGCUCUGGCGUUGGCUCUGGCCGUUUUUGCCCUGGUCAGAGCUCACUCUUGGAAAAGGCUUUGCUGGGGCCAGAGCUACGAAAGACUGAGCGGCACUGCCAGUGUCAACAUGCCCCACGGUGUACCUGAGCCAGACAGUGGUGAUGAGGUAGACGUGGUGUACACCAGCAGAGGUGGAUCAGUCUAUCGACGCUACAGCUUCAUCCAUGAGCAGGACACUGAUGCAGACCAGGAUGUGGAUGAGAGCACUUGUCUCAACCAAUCUUAAAUACAUCCAAACUGGAACUGACAGUAAGUGAGGAAUGUAUUGUGAAGCACACAAAUACAAACAUUGACAGGUGAAUUGAAAAUAGUUAGUUAAUCCUUAGAUGAGAAUGUGGUGGUAUGUUUCUUCUGUUAUUCUGGUGUUCAUCCUACAAAGUGCCUGGGUCUUUAUUAUACACAUUCUUAGAUGAGGCAUUUGUGACUGAGGAAAAGAGAUAUAAAUACAUAUAUUUGUGUAUACAGUAUGUGUGUACAUGGCUUCCUUUUUUACUUUGAUAUUUAUUUGUGAAACAGUGGACGGAUGAUGUAACUUAAACAACUAAAAUCUGUACGACUUGUACAUACAAAUAUAAAUGAAAUAAAGUCCAACUAAUGCGCUCA